AUGGCAGAGGAAGGCGAAGAAGCGACUGAUAUAGAGCCGAAAAGAUACAAACUUAGAGCUUUUUCCGAGAAAAAAACUUCAACUCUUCAUUUUCAACCGGCAAGACGGAACUACUUGCACCACGAUAACGACCCACUUACUCCGGAACAGGCGAAAGCAACGCUCCAGUUCCUUUUGGAUACCUCGCUUCGUACCAUUUCAAUGUCCCAAGCAUUCUAUGACGUUGAGGCAUUGGAAAGCCUGUUGGAAGAGAGAGAAAGAGACUUGGAACUUGCGGCACGAAUUGGCCAGACCUUGCUCGAGAAAAAUCGCCAGCUUGUAGAUCAGAUAAAUGAGCUCGAAGAAGCACUUGAUGAUACAACCGAGCAGAACUCUCAGCUCAAGCAUUCAAUAUACCUAAAAGAUGAGCUGCUAAAAGGCUUCGAUGAUGGCGUUUGCUCCGGUGAAUCAACCCCUAGUAUUUCUGGAAGGAUUUUCCGAGGCGGUUAUACUGUGCAAGAACACAUCAAUCAAUUAGAAGAGAGAAUACAGCGUCUGCAACGCGAAAAUAAUGAGCUCAGAAAGGACAUCAAUGAAACUGUCGGAAAAUUAGAAACGAAAGAGGAGGAAUACUGCCAUUUAGUCGAUGGCUCCGUCAAAGAUUUAGACAGUGUCAGCAAACGACUGGCGUACUUCAGACAGGAACUAACAAAGAAAACCAACGAGUGUUUCGAACAACAAGAACAAGUCACGAAGCUCUUGACUCAACUUGUUGAUGCUCAGCGACUAAAAAAACUGAAAGAACAAGAAGCUGAAGAAAAUCUAAACGCCUUCGAAGAAUCUCAAAGGUCUCAAGCUCAGAUCAUCGCCGAGUUCCAUGAACUAGAGCAAAAGUAUUUGGAGACUGUCAGACUGUUGGAAGAAUCGAGGAGCCCAAGCGAAGCGUGCAACUGCCAUGAAAGAAAUUUGCAACAAGAAAUAAUGGAAAUUCAAACGCCAUUUUCCCUUCCUGGAAGAAAGACACCUAAAGGAGCAUCUGAUGGCGGCAAAUCAGCCAAACAAAAAGAGAAGAAUAUAGAAAAGCUCGAGCCGGAGAGUAAUGAUCAGAAUAAAAUGGGCGAUUCGGGCUUGGAACUCCUAAGUUCCACGCUGUUAGCACUGGAUGCGGAGACUAAAAACCUAACGCAUAACAUGUCCCACAACUCUCUUGCUGAAGUCCAUUGUGGACGUCCGUACGAGACCCCAACUAGAGUGCUGCCCGAUCCAAUCUGUACUCCACCUAAACCUCCAAUCGAUUCUGGACUUCUGAGUCCUGCGCUUUCAACAUCAUUCACUUCAGUCAAGUCAGCAUAUUCGUCUAUGAUGAGCUCUGGGUUCAACACUCCAGUUAUCGGAAAAGCUGGAGUGCCAGGGUCAAGUGAUCUGGCCAAAGCGCUCAAUAGAUUAGCAAGUCGGAGGAGAGCCGAGACCGCAAGAGCCCAGGAACGACGAAACAGAUCGAAACUUUAUAAAGACUCUUUGGUCAAUGACGACUCUUUUCACAGCUACCAUCAUCAGAAACCCCGACGCCCAGAAAAAUACAAGCUAAUAAAGACGAUGGAAGGCAGUCCAGUAAUGGCUCAAUGGAGGCAAAUGUCACAAGUUGACCUUGACGCUGCUGUAUCUGAGAUCAAACACCAAAAUAGUCCUACAGAAAGACACAAGUUCUCGUUUCCAAAACGUCCAGACCCAAUAGGAUCUGAAGCUCUUUAUUGCCAACAUAGAUCAAGUUCACCAACAUCUGGCCGUCCAAGAAUCCCGUCAAAUAGUCCUGAUCAAAGCCCAGUGGUCAAGAACAAUCCCUUGAGACUUGAUCACGAAAACACCGAUUUUUGCAAACAGCUCUUUCCAGAAGAAAUUCUGAGUGAGACUGAUACGCCUCCUUCUUCUCCCGCAGAACAUUCGACUCAUGUUGACCAAAGUGGCUCUUCAAUUUCCUCCAGUUCGCUCGUAUCUGCCCUCCAUCGACUCAUAUUUCCAGCCAGCUCCAGCACCAAUAAUGCAUCAAAAUCUUCUUCUACAGCCGCGCCAACGAUCGACUCCCAAGAAUUUAAAAACGAAAAGAACGGCAGUUUCUCUUCACCUGUAUAA